CACUCAGUGGAUUGCAGUUCUCAUGUGAUGCUUAUUGCUGUCAUUUCAAAACAGGAAGCAGUAAUCCUGUGUGUUUCUCACUUAAAACUAAAGAAGUGUUGGCAGAAAAAGGAAUUCUCCUGCAGCUCCAUACCGAUUUGUAAACAGAACUACAAAGAAGAAGAACACCACGAACAGAACGACAUCGUCCACAACCCUGAAGUCAAGAACAUGCUAUAUCCCACCUGUAAACUCCACGUUGGCCUUUUCCUGCUCAUUGCUUUCACAGAUGUUGGCAGCUGCUCCCCGCAAUCACCUCCCAUCAUUAGAGCAUCUAAAGGAAGUAACGCUCUGCUGCCCUGCGCUGUCCCUGCAAACAAUCACUCGAGGAUGAUCAGGGUUGAGUGGAGCAGAGGAGAACGCACGAGUCCUUUCUGUAAAUACACUGUUGAAAGCAACACUAUUACCCAAAAUGAAUGCGGGAGUCGAAUGGAGGUGAUAUGGCAAAGCCACCAUCUAAAAAUCAAAGAUCUCACAAUCGGUGACAGCAGUAUCUACAGCUGUGUAGCUGUCAGUCUUAUACCCCCACCUAUAAUAGAAAACCGAAGUGAACUGACCCUUCUUGUCGAGGGUAUGAGGCUGGAAUUGUUUCCCAUGCCUUCCAACACGUCUCCGGACUGCAUACAGCUGGUCUGCAGCCUAGCAAGCUUCUAUCCUCCCAAAGUCAAUGUUACCUGGAGUAAACAGGGGGUGACACUUUCUGACACCCUGCUGACAAACAGCAGCACAUACCUCUGGAGAAGCACCCUGAGCCUCUGCAAACCCGACUGGAACGAGGGAGACGUGAUCUCCUGUCACGUGAACAGCUCAGUCACAGCUCAGCCUCUCACUCAUAACAUCACCAUUACUUUCGAUGGAGAUGUGCAGUGCUGCACCCCAAGCUGGACCACAAUCAUAGUCACAUGUGUCUGUCUGUCUGCAGCGAUCAUACUGGGGACCAGCAUUUUACUCAAAUGUCGGAAAGGUACCUGUCUGAGGUCCAAUGAAGGGACUGUGUUGAAUAACCUUGUAUAUGAAAACCUGCAGUUCAGCACAGCACAUGAAGACCACAGUAAAACCAGCGCAAGCAGCUGUAUCUAUGACAAUUAGCAGCACUUAGUAGAGCCCAAGUGGUGUGAUUUACUUUCACUCUGAGGUACUUAUUGAUUCAAAAGACAACAUGAUGUGUAUUAAAUACUUUUGAAUUUUAGAUACUGUAUUAAAGUAAACAAAUACACCACUAAUGUACCACACUUGCUGUUUUUGAUUUGAAAUGAAUGUAUUGGAGCUAUUUGUUGAAGUCGUUAUGUAUGUAUGUAUGUAUGUAUGUAUGUAUGUAUGUGUAUGUAUGUAAAUAGUAAAAUAAACAUAACAUGAAUGACCUAAAAUGUGUAGUUUGAGAAUAAAUAAGAUGAGAUAAUGUACACUAUAUAAGUAUAAAGGAAAGUAAAUGGAUAAAUAGACUCAAUACCACGAUGCCUGGAACACAAAUCCUCAGCCAUCAGAUUCGAUCAUGGUAAACAACUGCACUGAACACCAGGGGUCAUUUUCACAAAGCAUUAGAAAAACCUUUGUAAACUGAAUGCUGCCUACGUGGGUUUAUAUAAGGUUUACCAAGUUUGUAAACCUUACAUUUCGCACAGUGUUAGUGUGGAUAUUUGACACAUUGUCGUAGACAAAAGUAUAUUUGUUAAAUGAAGACCUUUAUAGGGUUAUCAUAUGACUCCAUGUUCACUGGGACAGUUCAGGCUUUUUGACUCACAUCACAAUGCAUUCUGGUAUGUUUUACCUACUCAGGUACCUUUCACCUCUUUAAGAGAUGCAGGACUACACUUACCAGAAUGCAUUGGGGGGCCAGUUAAAAAGCCUGAACUGUCCCAAACUGUCCCAGUUAACAUGGAGUCACAUGGUAACCCUAGACUUUUAGUUUAAGUGAGAAUAUUCGCUUAACAAUCAAGUAUCUCCUACAUGUACCAUAACCCUCAGUCCGCUUAAAGCUGGUGUUUAGCUAGCUGAGAAGUAAUCCCGUGCGGAGCAUGGUGUGUUGUAUUUUUCAGCUCCUCCUUGUGUGUGCCGCCGAAGUCCAGGGGAGGAGACAGGCUCUCGAGAGAUCUGCAGGGAGAGCAGGAGUGGGGUGUUGCACCUCAAAGCCGGGCUAUAAGCCCCAUAAGUUAAGUACUAGUGUUUUGCUGGAAAGCAAUUGUUUGUUUAACUGGGGCUAUAGCCAGCUUGAGGUGUAACCAGUAUUUACAGAUCAGAGCCGAUCCUUUAGGAAGAACCUGCAUUAAGGGCCGUGGGUUUCCUGUCUGUUCUAGAGCAGGCGGUGCCACAAGGAGAAGGAGCAGCCAGGCCGAGCUGCAACACAGGGAACCCCAGCCAGGCAAUCGUGGGAUCACAGGCAUGGAGACAAGCCAGCCAAGGAGACAGAGCAAGGAGAACACAGUGGGGGAACUGGUGCUGUGACAGAGCCAGGAAAGGACAAUCACUGACGGGGGCAGAGGUCAAUGCACAAAGACGAAGUAGCAUUGCUGCUGCAUUCUUGUAUUUAAAAGGGAGGAGUGAGGAGGGGUUUUAGGAGUGCCAGUGCACUGGAUAUAGCGAAACACUUUUGUAUUGUUUUAUUAGUGUUUUAGUGUAUUUAUUGGGGAAUGUAUUUUAAGGGUGCACUGCAAUUGUUGGUGCUACUGCCAAGAGGAGGGAUAUUUGUGUGUGUGUUGUUUUUAUCUGAUUACUGCUCUGUGAUUGGUUUUUAGAUAUACAGUGAUACUUUUGCACUGCAGUAUUGAAUUCUGUACACAACAAAAGAUUUUGAGCUUGAUGUCGUGCGUGCUGUGUGGCACACUGUACCUCCGGCUUUAGUUACUUUGGAGUCCGACUGGCAGUGGAGUAACCACUGACCAGAGAAAAAGCAAAGAACCUGUUUCACCACUUUUGUGCAUAUAUGUUUACUGUGACAGCAAAUGUGAUCAGAAAUAAAUCUGAUAACGUUCCAUUAUCUCGGGUGUGAAUGGAAAUUAGCCUGCAGUUUUAUUCAAGAGGUGCAUGAGGUAAAUAGAUACAGAAGAGAUUAGAACUGGCCCUUUCCACUCUGCUUGUUUUCUGUCCAAUUAAAAUGCUGGCCUCGGUAGUUUCUACACACAGGAAAUGGUUUUAAUCAAUAACAAUCCUGUACUGAUGAAAGAUCACAGUGCUGAAGCACAUUAACUGUCUUUACUUGCAUAUGAAUUGGGGGCUGCAUUUAUUUUUUCUGAGGUGUUAUUGCGUGAUGCUGCAAUAGCAUGGUAUAUGCUGGGUUCAAAGAACUGGCGUCUGACGCUGUUUCAGCAAUAGUUCAGAGCAAACUGAAGAUUUAUUGAAGCCAGCGGUUGUGGGUGACAUUUGUUUGUUAUUGUGUGAAAACGGGUUAGUUUUACAAGAACAAUAGAAAAGGCUGGUAUCUGGUUUCAGAUAACAGGUCACAGUUUUCAGUGGAUAAGCGCUGCCCGUUUUAAUAAGAAAAACAGUCUCACUACCCACAGAACAUACACAAGUUAGCUUAAAACAAUCUUAACAAAGUAUUCAAAUAGUCCUUAACCAGCACACUAAUUUAUAACUGAAGACUAAGUGGAACACUAUUUCAUUGUCCUACAGGGACCAAUACUGUAUGUUACUUAGAAAUGUAUUAAAAUUCAAUUGAUUAGGGGACUCUGCAUUUGUCUGGCCGACUAAUUCUUAGUUUCUUUCAAUCUCUGUACCAAUCACUGUAUGUACAAAACUGAUUUAUUUUCAAACGUAAAAGUGUAUUGCAGUUGGUAUUUAUUGAAGAAGGUAGUAUUGAUUCACAAAAGAUCAGCAAAAAUAGGACUUGGUGUUCUUGUUCCACUGAAAGAUAUUAUAAUGAUUUUAAAUUUGUUGACCGCAUUGGUAAGUGUCAAUUCUUAUUGAGAUUGUUGAGAAAACAUUAAUCCACAUCACAUGCAACAUAUAACGAUAUUUCAGACACGAUAUUCACCUCUCAAUGAUCUAUAAUUCAGACAAAAAAUAUUCAGAAAAAGUUUCAUCUAGUUAUUGUGCCGUAAUAUAAUGCAGUUCUCAAAGACAGACACAGAUCUUGUUUCUUGAUUUUUAGAUUUGCUUUGUAUUUCUUGCUGAAUGUGAGGCUUAUGUUGUCAAGAUCUCUACAUGUUCAUUUAUAAACAGUAUUAAUGGUACUAACUCAUACAUAACAGCAACAAAAACAUUUAACCAGCUGUUUUGCACACCCCCACAUUUCCCUAGAUCCAUCUGAAGAAACAUAGUCUGCCCACUGGUUAACUGUAUUCACACAUCACUGAUGUGCACAAUGCUGAAAACUGAACUAAGAACCAUAGUGAAUAUGAGGGAUUCAGGCACAAUAAAACCCAUAUUAUUCUGUGGCUUUAUCUUUAGAUUCAGAGGGGUGGUAAAGCAUUAAGCACCAUUAUUUAAAUCAUGUUCCACAAAUGUAGAGCUACAGGACUCUCUGUUCCCCCCUGCCCCGUCACCGUGCUCUGGUCAAAAGAGCUGACCCGUAACGAUACGGGUGAGAGCCCGGGGAGUUUCUCGUACGAGGCUUUCACAGUCACUGAAGCCUUUAGAUAUUCUGCUGUUAGCAGGACUGAAGAUCAAGCUGCAACAUUCCAGAUAUUAAAUGACUCCAUUUUGAUUAUUACCUUUUUAGUAAGAUUGUUACAUUUUAGUAAUUAAAUAUACGCUUUCUCUAUUUUUAAAAAUAAAGAAACGAAACAAACCCCCAGUGUCCUCCUAAAACAAGUAGGUCACACAAUAGUGUGGUUUUCUACUGAGCUUCAGUCACUCGAGCAUUAAAAGUUUCAAACAAUGUCCGGUAGAAUCACAUGACUUCGCUUGGGGACAGACUGCAGGUAGAUUGCGCUUUGUCAACUCUGCAACCUCAAGAACGUCUGGCUGCAGUAAGUACAAAAUGUAAUGAUUAAAGUGAACACAUGUUAGGCAGAAGUGUCCAAGUAAAGCUAUUUUACUUGACCGUGGGCCUGUUGUAAUUUUGUUGUCUUUUUUCAGCAGAUACCAUGAAGCUACUCCUGAUGGUUUCAGUUUGCCUGUUGCUCGAAGACUUUUUAAAUCAAAAAGUCACAGCAUCCCAGGAUCCACACAUUGUCACAGCACUGAAAGGAGGAACAGCGACUAUUGAUUGUUUACAUGGUUUAAAUAACACUGAAGGGAUGGCUGUCACUUUACAAAGAAAUGCAACCUUGUGUUACAAAGUGAUUGGGAACUACAGUACCUGGGAAGAACAGUGUAAUGAAAGCUUCAACAUGACAUGGAAUAACAAGACCAACACUAUAUCUUUUAUAAUUAAAGCUCUUAUUUUAAAUGACUCUGAUAUUUACACCUGUAAAUUGGACAGAGUUAUACCUCCACCAACACAUUCUAUAACAGAAAACAAAACAUUUCUUCAAGUGACAGCCCGUCCGAACAUCGGGCUGGUUUAUGUGAACAGUUCCAAUGGAAGCACCCGGUUGGUUUGCACUUCGGAGGGCUUCAGCCCAAAGCACAUUGAGGUGUCCUGGUUUAAAGAUGGAGAACUGAUCAGCAACGACGCUCAUGAGGAGAAUCUGACUUCUAAUGAUGACGGCUCCUUUACUCUUACAAGUUACUGCAGUGUGUCUGGAAGUGGAGAUUACACCUGUCAGGUCAACCAUUCCACGCUUCAAUCACCCCUCACUGCAAGUGUUACUGUAUCGGCACAUGAAGAUAACCAAGGUCAUCACCUGUUUCGUUUGGCGGUGGUGGUUAUUGGCCUCCUCUUCAUCUGUGCAAUAUUGCUCAUAAUACACAGGUACGGAUUUAAACACCAUCCAAAUCACAUCAAGGAUACGGCCUAACUCCUGUUACAUUCUGUCUUGAACAUAUAACCCUGAAUUGCUUUUUGAUUUUGCUUUUUUAAUAUUCUGUAAUUGUGUGCAGUAUAUUGUGCAAUUAAAACAUUACAAAAUGCA